GGCGUGGCCCCCAGAGGGCAUGGAAGCUCUGCACCCCUGCUCCCAUACCUCACCCUACCCAUCUCCUCAUCUGUAUCCUUUGCAAUAUCCUUUGUAAUAAACCGGUUCAAAAAGGCCUUCUUUCAAACCUUCCCCAAAGCCUAUUUUCUGGAACACUAAUAACUCAGGCAAAUUUGAGGUCUAUCAAAUGUAAAAAGUACAGACUCUACUGUGAAUCUCAGAAAUUCUCUAAAUCUUAACACAUUCAAUAGCUGAGAGAAGACUUCUGUUUCUCUUUUUCCCAGCAUUUGGGCUAAAGUGAUGAUACGAGACAGUGUCUCGUUAUGUUGCCCAGGCUGGAGUGCUGUGGCUAUUCAUAGGUGUCAUCAAAGAGCAAUGAAGCCCCAAACUCCUAUGGCCUUAAGUGAUCGUCUUGUCUCAGUCUCUAGAGUAGCUUCGACUACAGACAAGGUCUUGAUCUGUCACCAGGCUGAAGUGCAGUGGUACAAUCAAAGCUCACUGCAGUCUCAACCUCCUAGGCUCAAACAAUCCUCCCACUUCAGCCUCCCAACCAGCUGGGACCACAGGUUUACAUCACCACACCCAGGUCUGCUGGAAUUUGCUGGAGGUCCACUCCAGACCCUGUUUGUCUGGAUAUCACCAGCAGAGGUUGCAGAACAACAAAGAUUGCUGCCUGUUCCUUCCUCUGGAAGCUUUGUCCCAGAGGGGCACCCACCAGACGGCAGCUGGAGCUCUCCUGUUCCCUCUGCUAUGGCUCUUCCUCAGUAGAAACAACUGGCAACAAAAUUCAAGUUUAUGAUUCAUUCAUCAGCAAACAUGUGAGAAUCAUCUACAAAGAACCAAGAAUUGUGAGAAAGCGACCUCAAGAUACAACUGGCAACUGAGGAAAAGGCCUCAAUUCAACAAGAGCUAACAAGCUUGGGAAUUUAUUUCGGAAUCUUUAAAAGACUCUUCUGCUUACCCACCAUCUGGGAUCCACUGCAGGAAAACAAAAAAGGAAAACUUCAUUUAAAAGAAGCAAGAAGUAAAAUGGGACAAAUUGGGAAUGUUUAAGUCUCUGAAACUCUGCACUGAAAAGAAAAUAAGAUUGAUAACUUAAGCUUAACAUUCUGAGGCAUAAAGAAACAUUAACUUUGGAGUAUUCAUCUUGACUACUGAAAUACAAGUUUAGAAGACAAGUGGUUUCAUUCUGGUCACAGAUCACAGCUUUUCUUUAAAUUUAUAAUCCUAUGGGUUGGCCUCGUUGACUGUAUUUUUUAAAGGUUGCUCGUCAGUUAACUGAGCCUUGGAAUUCAUGGAUUUUCUAAAGACUAACAAAUGAAAAUAUUUUCCUGUUGAAGAAUCCAGCGGAAAUUUUACAGCAACAAAUUUCAUGUUUCUUUUGGGUAUUUCUGAGAAAAAGGAAAUAUUUAUAAAACCAUCCAAAGAUCCAGAUAAUUUGCAAAUAAAUUGGAGGUUAUAGAGGUUAUAAUCUGAAUCCCAAAGGAGACUGCAGCUGAUGAAAGUGCUUCCAAACGGAAAAUUGGACGUGCCUUUACGAUGGUAAGCGUUAACAGCUCCCACUGCUUCUAUAAUGACUCCUUUAAGUACACUUUGUAUGGGUGCAUGUUCAGCAUGGUGUUUGUGCUUGGGUUAAUAUCCAAUUGUGUUGCCAUAUACAUUUUCAUCUGCGUCCUCAAAGUCCGAAAUGAAACUACAACUUACAUGAUUAACUUGGCAAUGUCAGACUUGCUUUUUGUUUUUACUUUACCCUUCAGGAUUUUUUACUUCACAACACGGAAUUGGCCAUUUGGAGAUUUACUUUGUAAGAUUUCUGUGAUGCUGUUUUAUACCAACAUGUACGGAAGCAUUCUGUUCUUAACCUGUAUUAGUGUAGAUCGAUUUCUGGCAAUUGUCUACCCAUUUAAGUCAAAGACUCUAAGAACCAAAAGAAAUGCAAAGAUUGUUUGCACUGGCGUGUGGUUAACUGUGAUCGGAGGAAGUGCACCCGCCGUUUUUGUUCAGUCUACCCACUCUCAGGGUAACAAUGCCUCAGAAGCCUGCUUUGAAAAUUUUCCAGAAGCCACAUGGAAAACAUAUCUCUCAAGGAUUGUAAUUUUCAUCGAAAUAGUGGGAUUUUUUAUUCCUCUAAUUUUAAAUGUAACUUGUUCUAGUAUGGUGCUAAAAACUUUAACCAAACCUGUUACAUUAAGUAGAAGCAAAAUAAACAAAACUAAGGUUUUAAAAAUGAUUUUUGUACAUUUGAUCAUAUUCUGUUUCUGUUUUGUUCCUUACAAUAUCAAUCUUAUUUUAUAUUCUCUUGUGAGAACACAAACAUUUGUUAAUUGCUCAGUAGUGGCAGCAGUAAGGACAAUGUACCCAAUCACUCUCUGUAUUGCUGUUUCCAACUGUUGUUUUGACCCUAUAGUUUACUACUUUACAUCGGACACAAUUCAGAAUUCAAUAAAAAUGAAAAACUGGUCUGUCAGGAGAAGUGACUUCAGAUUCUCUGAAGUUCAUGGUGCAGAGAAUUUUAUUCAGCAUAACCUACAGACCUUAAAAAGUAAGAUAUUUGACAAUGAAUCUGCUGCCUGAAAUAAAACCAUUAGGACUCACUGGGACAGAACUUUCAAGUUCCUUCAACUGUGAAAAGUGUCUUUUUGGACAAACUAUUUUUCCACCUCCAAAAGAAAUUAACAUAUGGACAUUUUAAAGUCUUUAGUAUAAAGAAAAUUUGUAUUCAAUGUGUUAAGCAUUAACAUGUAUUUUAUUUGUGUAUCCACUCCAUCUGAUUUUUCUGAGCCAUUUUGAUUUGUUCCCUCAUUAAAAAAAAUCUCUUAAAGUUA